AUGAGGCGCCACAACGGGGAGACAGAAAGGGAGAGGAGGGGAGACACAGUGGGAGAGGUUGGGAGCCACAGAGUGGAGCGGUUGGGAGCCACAGAGGGGAGAAGUGCCACAGAGGAGGGAAGGGAGCCACAGAGGGAGAAGGGGAGCCACAGAAGGCAAGAGGAGGCACAGAGGGGAAGGGAGCCACAGAGAAAAAGGGUGGGGAGCCACGGAGAGGAGGCGAUCCACAGAGGGGAGAGGUGGGGAGCCACAGAGGGAAAGGGGAGCCACAGAAGGGAAGAGGAGAAACAGAGGGGAUGGGAGCAACAGAGAGGAGAGGAGGGGGGUCACAAAAACGGGGGUGCCGUGAAAGUGGGGGGCCGCAAAAGGGAGUCAUGA